AUGGACCAGCUUCAGGGCAUCUUCGCCGGCAUCUCUUCAGCCACAGACCUGCUGGUGGUGCCCACCUGCCAGCACGCCACCCUUGACCUGGUCAAAACGGGGGAGGCAGUAGAUGACGAGAAGGACCGGCUGCUCGAGCGCUUCAUGAAGUGGGCGGUGGCGGUGUGCGCCCGGCUGUUGGCCGCCGGUCACUGGUGUGAUUACAUCGACCCCUGCAGUGGCCUGCCGAUGAUCCACCAGGAGAGCCAGACCCCCUAUUCAGAGGUCGAGGGUCUCUCCCUGCUGCUGGGCUACAAGACGGCCAACGCCGGCUGCUGCAAGGUGGUGCUGCACCCCAAGUGGGGCACUUCUGUGUACCCCGCAACGCUCUUCGCGCGCGCCCCUUUCGAGGCGCUGCAGGCGGCGAUCAAGGGCGCGGAAGAGCACCUGCGCGCGGCGGACGGCAGCGGCGGCGGCAGCUGA